AACUUGCCCAACCAUUCCUCCAGCAGAGUACAUGACCUCCGCCUCCGCCCAAGCCGUCGACGCGCGCUGCGCCGACCGCUGCGCAGCCCUAUUCGCCGCUGUCUCCGCGUGUGAGCGCGAGCAUGCUCCUGCCGCGUGCAAGCAGCCGUUCCAGGCGUGGCGCUCGCACUGCGUGACCAACUCGGCGUGCAAUCCCUCUGGCCGGCAGAUCGAUCCGAUCAAGGCGGAGCGGCGGUGCGCCGCGCUCGCCAAACGCGUCGCCGUCUGCGAAGCGAGUAUCACCGGCCAGGCGCAGGCGUCUGUGACUGCCGACUGCCGGAAGCAGCGUAGCGACUAUCAGAGGCUGUGCAGCAGUGUGGUGGUGCACGGGGAGGAGCCCGACGCGGCGGAGCGUUCGCGCGCCAUCACCGAACGGUAUCGCGAGGCGGCGGCAAAGCAGCCGCCGCAGCAGCCGCAGCACCGCGGAGGGCAGCUGAUCGUACUCCUCGCCGACUGGCUCGCCGGCGGGACAGCGCCAGCGCGCGCGGCUGCCCUAGCGGGCGAGCACCCGGCGGCGGCCAUCCUUACCCUCGCGGCGCUGAGUGCGUGCCUCGUGCUGCGAGACGGCUCGCUCGCCGUCGGCGCGCAGCGGCUGAUGCAGGCGCACACCAUACCACACUUGUGUUGCCCUUCUACUUCUCUGAGCCCAGCCGCACUGAACGUCGCCAGUCCCGCGAGCUUGAAUCCCCUUCCGUGCGCUCGAAAGGUUCGCGUCUAUGUGCAGGGCAUCGUCGUUGGCAGCACCGUGUGUGUCAUGGGCGUCGCGGAGGCGCUCGAGCUGUCGAGGCGGCGAGGGAGGAUGGAGCAUGAAGAAGAGCACGUGGAGGGCGCGUCCUCGAGGUGACACACAGUGUAGCGUUUGCAUCUCUGUGUGCGUGCCUCUUUUGCCGCGUUGAAGCCCGCGUUGAACAAAAUACUAUC